AUGGUCUCCAAUUUCCCCAAAGAAACCCCCCUGGGGGCCCUCCCCCCGGACCAGCUCCUCAGAACCCUCAGGUCCCUGCACACAGCCAAACAAGAGGCAGCAGCAGCAGCAGCAGCAGCAGCAACGGCAGCAGCGAUGCCAAUAGCAGCGACAGCAGUAGCAAGCAGCAGCAGCAGCAGCAGCAGCAGCGGUAGCAGCGGCAGCAGCAGCAGCAGCAGCAAUAACAGUAGCAGUAGCAAUAGCAGCAGCAGUAGGCGUCGAGCUGCAGCAGAGCCGCUGACCCUUGCGGAGGCGUUCAGCAGCAGCAGAAUCAGCAGCAGCAGCAAAAGCAACACCAGCAGAAGCAGCAGCAACAGCAGAAGCAGCAGCAGCAAAAGAGCAGACACUGCAGAGCUGGGCCCCCCAGAGGGGGGGGGGCCCCCUGGACUAUUUGCUGCUGAAAGGGCCCCCCUGAAGACCCUUUGGGGUGUACGGACGCCUCAGCAGCAGCAGCAGCAGCAGCAGAAGCAGGGAAAAAAGAGCCUCCCUGCAGCAGCACCAGCAGCAGCAGCAGCAGCAGCAGCAGCGGUGCAGCCUGCUGCUGCAGGCAGCCAGCAGCAAACAGAGACAAGGGAAGGGGAGGGGCCCCUCCUUGAAGUGGAAGUGAACCCACAAAGGGGGGGGGGCCUCCUGGUAAUUUGGGAGGUGAAGGGGGCCCCCUCGAGGCCCUUCGUGCUGCAGGCUUGUGUCCUUCACCCCCUUUCAAUCCCUCCUUUGAGCAGCAGCGGCGAGUAUCACAUCACUCUCUUGGUGAAGCAGCAGCAGCAGGAGCAGCAGCAGCAGGAGCAGCAGCAGCAGGAGCAGCAGCGGCCAGUGUGUGGGGUUUCUGUACAACUUGCACUCGAGAACAAUAAUAUAAUUAGUCAAAGAAUAAGACCUUUGCCAGUCCACAGACUUUCCAUUAGGGGCCCCCCAACCCCCAGGGGGGCCCCCACCCCAGGGGGCCCCCUGACCCCCAGGGGGGCCACCCCACAAGGGGGGCCCCCACACCCCAUGGGGGCCCCUGCCCCAGGGGGCCCCCCAGCCCCUUUGGGGGCCCCCACACAGGGGGGCCCCCUACGCCCUAUGGGGCCCCCCGCCCCAGGGGGCCCCCCAACCCCCAAGGGGGCCCCCACAUCAAAGGGGCCCCCAACCCCCAGGGGGGCCCCCAUCCCAGGGGGGCCCCCCAGUGAGUUUGCUGGGGGCCCCCAGACCACCCCAGGGGCCUCUCUAGAGGCAGAAGCCACUGGGGGGCCCCCUGAAGGGGGCCCCCAAAGCUUCCCAAGCAUGCGGGGGGCCCCCCCGCAACUGCUGCAGACAGAACAAGAACAACAACCCCACCAAGGGGGGCCCGCCAGCAGCAAAGUAACCCAAGGGGCCCCUCGGGGGCCCCCUGAGUCCCUUGGGGGCCCCGUGGGGGACUUCAGCAGCAAGCGCAUACAGCGCAGUGUACGUACACCGGUGACUGCAGCAGCAGCAGCAGGGAUAUCAGCAGCAGCGGAAGCAGCAGCAGCAGCAGGGCAUGCAGCAGCAGCAGCAGCAGCAGCAGCAGCAGGCCUGCCAGCAGGGACAACUGGAACAGAAGCAGCAACAGCUCCCCACACUCCUGCUGCAGUGACGCCAGCAAGGACGCCCCUUUCUGCUGCAGCUGUUGCUGCUGUUGCACUUCAAGCAGGGGAGACAGCAGCGGCAGCAGCAGCAGCAGCAGGGCAUGCAGCAGCAGCGCAUGCAGCAGCAGGGCAUGCAGCAGCAGCAGCAGCAGCGCCGGACACGCCGCGAACAGCAGCAGCAGCAGCACGCGCGCUAGCAGCAGCCGCGUCUCCACGCUCAGCAGCAGCAGCAAAAAAAGCAGCAGCAAGAGCAGCAGCAAUGCUGGGGGCCCCCAUCCCCCCUAGGAAAGCCUGGGUACCCCCUGGGGCCCGGGGCCUCUCUGGAAUUUCCCCUAGGGGCCCCUGCAACCAGGGGGCCCCCAAAGGGGGCCCCUCAUCUCUGAGGGGGGCCCCCAACCUUCACUUGACCCGAACCCACAUUCGGCAAAUGGUGUCUGCUGCUGCGGGGGCCCCAAGGGGGGCCCCCGAGGGGCCCCUUGGGGUACCCUUUCCUGGGGGCCCCUGGGGCGCUUCAGUGGCUCCUAUGGGGGCCCUUUGGGGGGUGGGGGCCCCCCCCCUACACAGCAGCCCAGGGCGACUGAGCUGGGGCCUGGGGGCCCCCCUGGGGGCCCCCCUGGGGGGCCCCUUGGGGGUCCCCCUGGGAGGGUCUAUGGGGGUGCCUGUGGGGGCCCCUCUGGGGGGGCCCCUAGGGGUCCCCCGAGGGGGGCCUCUGGGGGGGCCCCCAGGGGCUUUCCUGGGGCCCUCGCUGCAGCCACAGCCUGCUACUGCAGCAGGGGGGCCCCCCAUGCAGGGGCCCCUCAUAAGCCAGGGCAAUGUGCCCCCCUAUGGCCCAGGCUCUCAGCAGGGGGGGCCCCCGGGCUGGAUACUCCAGCAGUGGGGGGCCCCCCAACCUGGGGGCCCCUGGGGCCCCCCAGGGGCCUCCUGUUCUCGUUUUGGUGCAGCCGACGCAGCAGCAGCAGCAGGCACAGCAACAGCAGCAGCAGCAGCAACAGCAACAGUCCCUUUUGGCCCCUUGUCUGAGGUGUACGUACACCCCACUGCUGCGAGAGGGCCUCCAGGAGCAGGAGGACCCCCCGGGGGGCCCCCCAGGGUCCCCUUCACUCAAAAGGGUACAGAGGUGGGGCCCCUCACGCAUGCAUGCGGGGGGCCCCUGGGGCCCCACAGCAGCAGAGGCCGCAGCACCACCCCCACCUACAGGCCCACUCCCUUCUUCAGGGAGGCCCUCACCAGUACCCUCAGGACCCUAAGAGGGCCCCCCACCCCACAAACUGAGGAGGGCCCCCAGGGGCCCCAGGAGGCCCAGGGCCCUGAGCAGCAGCAGCAGCAGCAUCAGCAGCAGCAGCAGCAGCAGCAGCGCAGCAGCAUAGCCCAUGAUUGGGAGCAGCAAGUAAACAUGUCUGUGGGGGGCCCCUAUGGGAAGCUGCAUGCAACUGCUGCUGGGGGGGCCCCUGGGGGCCCCGGGGUGCCCCCGGGGGCCCCCGGCUGCGGAGGCUUGGGGGCCCCCCUGAGCCGCAGGUCUGUGAGCAUCUCGGGGCCCCCGUGUGGGCCCUUUAGCUGCUCGGGAGUGUCUGUACACCCCAGAGGCAGCAGCAGCAGCAGCAGCACAGUGGGGACUGCUGCCUCCCUGCAGCUGCCGGGGGCCCCUGGGGGUGGCCCCACAGCCUCCGAGCAGCAGCAUUUGCUGCGCCAAAAGCAACUGUGGCAGCAGCAGCAGCAGCAGUUCAUAUCGCUGCAGCACUGGCAGCAGCAGCAGCAGCAGCAGCAGCAAGCCCCACAAGUACCCUUAGGGGCCUCCCUACGAAUGUCACAGGGGGCCCCCUUGGGGGCCCCUCAGCAAAACCCCCAAAUAGAUAUAUCUCUUAGGGGGGGAAAUAUGUGGGGUAGGCAGCACCCGCAGGCAGUAUCCGCAGCAGCAGCAGCAGCAGCAGCAGCAGCAAGUGCUGCAGCUCUACCGGCAGCAGCAACAAGUGCCGCGUCAGUACAAGGAGAUACCAAUGGCCCAACAGCAGCAGCAGCAGCAGCAGCAGCAGCAGCAGCUUUGGGGCAAAGUAGACGAGCACCAGCGCUGCAGCAGCAGCAGCCCCAGCAGCAGCAGCCCCAGCAGCAGCAGCAGCGGCAGCAGCAGCAGCAGUCUGCGCCGCUGCGUCAUGUCAGGGGCCUCGACCCUCCUCCUCAUGAGGAGAAGUUAACUCAAUGGGUCUUUUUAUCUCCUGAGGAAAGAACAGCGAGGGGCCCCCAGGGGCCCCAGGGGGCCCCCCCAGCAGCCCAGGGGGCCCCUGGGGCCCCGGGGGCCCCGGGGGCCCCCAAUGAGGUACAGGUUUAA